AGUCUUGAUAUUGAUUCGUUCAGUGUUAUACGAGUUGUAUCCUGUACAAAUUCUUUUGCUUCCGGUUAAUCAUGCCGUUCCAAAGGUUUGUGGAGUCAGGAAGGGUUGCUUACGUUAGCGAUGGCCCAUACCAGGGCAAACUCGUCGCUAUUGUUGAUGUUAUCGAUCAAAAUCGGGUUUUGGUCGAUGGACCAGCAGCAAAUGUACCUCGUGGUCAGAUGAGGUUAAAUGAACUCCAUCUUACUAAAUUCCGUUUACGUUUUCCUUAUACUGGUUCCACAAGAGUUGUACGUAAAGCAUGGGAAAAUGGUAAAAUAGAUGAACUAUGGAAAGAUACUAUGUGGGCUAGAAAAGUAGCUGCUAAAAAGAAGCGUGCCGAGCUUAGCGACUUUGAUCGUUUCAAAUUAAGGAAAGCUAGACAAAUAAGAAACAAAUUGAAAACAAAUGCUUUCUUUACGUUAAAAAAGAAAGCUAAGAAAGCCAAGAAGACAACAACUGCUGGUGGUGCUAGUAAAAAAGCAACCAAGAAAGUAGAAAAGAAGUAAUAUUAUUUUAUGAAAUAAAAAAUACAUUUUGUCGUAUUUAACAGCUGAUCUUUUCAAUGUAUAUUUACAUACCUCACAAUUAA